CUGAUGGUUCGUAGUAUCGCACUUCCUUUCUGCGGCUACAGGUCCUGGGGGUUCUCGGUCGGCUAUCAGUCCGGAGGUUUCUUAUGUUGGCGAGCAAAGUAUAGCGGAUCCAAGGUUUCAAGACAUAACGGUCCCUCGAAUUUAGAAUGGCCGGGAUGAUUAAACUGUCCGGGAGGAUAUUUUCGAAAAACCGCUCGAUUCUCUUCAAACGACAAAAUCGAUCAGUUAAGUAUGAACAACUGCAAUGUUGUUUUGCAACUGGUGCAUACCAAGAGGACCAACCUUGGUGCAAGUUGAACCAUGGAGCUGGUAAACGAGUUCUUAAUGUUCGUCUUGGAAGCAGUAAUAUUAAUUUACACAGGUUGUUUCAUCUCACUUCCAUUGUAUGUGAAGAGAAAGUAGUUGUUGUGCCCCCUUUUCCUGAGUCUGUGACUGAAGGAGACUUGCGCUGGGAGAAAAAUGUUGGAGAUGCAGUUUCGGAAGACGAGGUGGUAUGUGAAAUUGAAACCGACAAGACAUCAAUUGGUGUACCUGCCCCAGCUGCAGGUGUAAUUACGGAGCGUUUGGUUGAUGAUGGUUCUACUGUCAAAGCUGGUCAGCAACUCUUCAAAAUGACAUUAGGAGGGGCUGGAGCUGUUAAACCUAAAGCUAGUGCUCAACCAUCUGAAGCUGCUGCACCGCCACCUCCUCCACCACCACCUGCAGCUGCUGCACCGCCGCCUCCUCCUCCACCCCAACCAGCGGCUCCACCAAAACCUGCUGAAAGGCCGCCUCCGACUCCACCACCACAAACACCAGCACAGCCCAAAUCCGAAAUGCCAGUGGCAGCCAUUAAACAUGCCCAGUCGUUAGAAACUGCUGCUGUGAAAGUUCCUCCUGCAGAUCCCACAAAAGAAAUCAGUGGAACCAGAACAGAAUUUAGGGUAAAAAUGAAUAGGAUGCGACAAAGAAUAGCACAAAGGCUCAAAGAGGCUCAAAAUACUAAUGCUAUGCUAACCACCUUCAAUGAAUUAGACAUGAGUGCCAUCAUGGAAUUUAGAAAAACACACCAGGAGGCAUUUACUAAGAAACACGGUGUUAAACUUGGUUUUAUGUCCGCCUUUGUAAAAGCAGCUGCUUAUGCAUUACAAGAUCAACCUGUCGUUAAUGCUGUAAUUGAAGAUAAUGAAAUAAUAUACAGGGACUAUAUUGAUAUUUCAGUAGCUGUUGCAACUCCAAAAGGCUUGGUUGUCCCAGUUCUUCGCAAUGUUGAAAGUAUGAAUUACGCAGAAAUCGAAAAGGCUAUCAACGCCCUUGGGGUCAAAGCCAGAGAUGGAAAGAUUUCCGUCGAGGAUAUGGAUGGAGGCACUUUUACAAUCAGUAAUGGAGGUGUUUUCGGGUCAUUGAUGGGCACACCGAUCAUCAACCCUCCACAAUCGGCCAUUUUAGGCAUGCACGCUACAUUCAAUAGGCCGGUUGCUAUCAACGGACAAGUUGUAAUUCGACCCAUGAUGUACAUAGCUCUAACAUACGACCACAGGUUAAUAGACGGCCGUGAAGCUGUUCUAUUUCUAAAGAAAAUAAAAGCCGGAGUGGAAGAUCCAAGAAUUAUAAUUGCAGGGGUUUAAUGUGAUUUAUUAUUUAUUAGAUUCAUUUUAGAUUGCAGUUGUCAUUCAGGCAUUAAGAUGUUCUCUGAUUUGAAUAUAACACUUAAAAACUGCAAUUUCAAUUGCAAAUUACUUAAUAAAAUAAUCAGAAGAUUGGUAUUCAUAUUGUAAAUUUGGUAGGUCAUUUUUGUUUAUUAAAUUAAUUACAUUUUUUAAAUUUAUUGUUUAUCUAUUUAAACAGGUAUCCCUCGAACAUUUUAAAGCCUGGAUAUUUAUGCAAUAUUAAGAAAAAACAAAUUUUUAACAGUUUUUAUUCUUACAUAACAACCUACAUAUUUAGCUGCACAAUCCUAAUAGCCACACUAUAAAAACCAAUGAAUAUUUAACAUAACAAACUCAAACAAAAAACUGAAUACUGUUGUAAUAUCAAUUGGUACAUAAAUUCUUAAUGUCUUGUUAAGUUAAACCAAAACUUAAAAAAACCAUCUAACCACAACAGCCUGUUUGUAAAAAAA